AUCACCAUGGAAGCGAUCGGUUUGGUCACGUGGUGCCCCUGGUUACGCCCGGCGGCAGCUGUGGGGUCUAGGGCGCAGACGGGGGCCAUUUUCCCAGAGGCUGCCUCCCGGAGUUGGGGGCGGCCUGGCGGCAGGUUGAAGCUGUCCUUUUUCCUCUUCUGCAGUUUGGGCCUUGGAGAGGAUCUGGAAGUCUGGGCUCCAUUGAGCCCAUCCGAGACAGCAAUGGUUUCUUCCAGCCACAGCCACCUGACGACCCUGCAUGGCGGCUGCGCCCACCGCGCUGCUUCUGCUGCCGCCCUUUCCAGUCCUCUGUGCCUAUCAGCUCCAGAGCCGCAGUCGUCCUUCCGCCUCAGAGACUGAUGAUAGUCGAGUUGGGGACAUUAUGAGAGGAGAGAAAAAUUGCUACUGCCGUGGAGCUGCUGGGGACCACGGUUCCUGCCCCACUGCCACCUCGCCUCUGGCCUCGGCCCUCUUGUUGCCCUCGGAGGCAGUCUCUAGCAGCUGGUCUGGGUCUGGAGGCAGUUUGUCUGGGGGAGAUGAAGAGGAGACUCGGCUCCUUCAACUCCUUCGCACCGCGCCGGAUCCUUCUGAGGCCUUUCAGGCUUUGCAAGCUGCUUUGCCGAGGCGGGGCGGUCGACUUGGCUUCCCCCGACGCAAGGAAGCUUUGUAUCGGGCACUGGGCCGAGUGCUUGUGGAAGGAGGUAGUGAUGAGAAGCGACUCUGCUUGCAAUUUCUCUCAGACGUUCUCCGGGGUCAGGGGGAGGCAGGCCAGCUGGAAGAGGCCUUUAGCUUAGCACUUUUGCCUCAACUAGUAGUCUCGUUACGGGAAGAGAAUCCAGCCUUGCGGAAAGAUGCGCUGCAGAUUCUGCAUAUAUGUCUGAAACGUAGUUCUGGAGAGGUGCUGAGAACGCUUAUACAGCAAGGACUGGAAAGUACCGAUGCCCGACUUAGAGCUUCCACAGCACUGCUGCUCCCCAUCUUGCUUACUACUGAGGACUUGUUACUUGGUUUGGAUCUCACCGAGGUGAUAAUAUCCCUAGCCCGAAAGCUUGGUGAUCAGGAGACAGAAGAAGAAUCUGAGACAGCUUUCUCCGCACUUCAACAAAUUGGGGAGCGACUUGGCCAAGACAGAUUUCAGUCUUAUAUUUCUCGUCUGCCCUCUGCCCUGAGGAGACACUACAAUCGGCGCCUGGAGUCCCAGUUUGGUGGUGAGGUUCCUUAUUAUUUGGAACUUGAAGCCUCUGGAUUUCCUCAAGAUCCCCUUCCCUGUCCAGUGACUCUUUCCAACAGCAAUCUUAAAUUUGGGAUUAUUCCUCAGGAGCUGCAUUCACGGUUGUUGGAUCAGGAAGACUAUAAGAACCGGACUCAGGCCGUCGAAGAACUAAAGCAGGUGCUGGGAAAAUUUAACCCUAGUUCUACUCCUCAUUCUAGUCUUGUUGGCUUCAUUAGUUUGCUAUAUAAUUUGUUAGAUGAUUCUAACUUCAGAGUGGUCCAUGGCACACUUCAAGUCUUACAUUUACUGGUUACUCGCCUUGGAAAGCAGGUACAGCAGUUUUUGGGACCGGUUAUAGCAGCUUCAGUCAAAGUGCUGGCAGACAACAAGUUGGUGAUCAAACAAGAAUACAUGAAAAUCUUUCUCAAGCUAAUGAAGGAAGUAGGACCUCAGCAGGUGCUUUGUUUACUCCUGGAACAUCUCAAACAUAAGCAUUCCAGAGUGAGAGAGGAGGUGGUGAACAUAUGCAUCUGCUCCCUGCUGACCUAUCCUAGUGAGGAUUUUGACUUGCCCAAACUGUCCUUUGAUCUUGCCCCAGCUCUUGUAGAUAGCAAACGCAGGGUACGCCAAGCAGCUUUAGAAGCUUUUGCUGUAUUGGCAUCAUCAAUGGGCUCAGGUAAAACCAGCAUCCUUUUUAAAGCUGUGGAUACUGUUGAACUGCAAGAUAAUGGAGAUGGAGUGAUGAAUGCUGUGCAGGCCAGACUGGCUAGGAAAACCUUACCAAGGCUAACAGAGCAGGGAUUUGUGGAAUAUGCAGUACUCAUGCCAUCUUCUGCCCAGGGUAGGUCAAACCAUUUGGCAUAUGGAGCAGAUACGGACUGGCUUCUGGCUGGUAACAGAACUCAGAGUGCACACUGCCACUGUGGUGACCACAUGAGGGAUAGCAUGCAAAUUUAUGGAUCUUACAGUCCAACUAUCUGUACCCGAAGGGUAUUAAGUGCAGGAAAAGGAAAAAAUAAAUUACCAUGGGAAAAUGAGCAGUCCGGAAUCAUGGGAGAAAACCAGACCUCCACUUCCAAGGAUAUAGAGCAGUUCUCAACAUACGAUUUCAUCCCAUCUCCAAAAUUAAAGCCCUCUCAAGGAAAGCCAGUCAAUGAUGAUUUAUGUUUUAGCAGAAAAAGAGUAUCAAGAAACUUAUUUCAUAAUAGUCGUGAUUUUAACCCAGAUUCUCUUCCUGUCUGUCCUGCCGAUACUACUGGGACUCAUCAAACAAGUCUUUCUGGGAAAUGUGCACAACUUGGGUUUUCACAAAUAUGUGGUAAAACUGGCAGUGUGGAUUCUGACUUACAGUUCUUAGGGACAACUAGCAGUCAUCAAGAUAAAGUGUAUGCUAGCCUCAGUUUUGGCAGUAAGACACAGCAAACAUUUGGUAGUCAAACUGACUGUACGUCCUCAAACGGGCAAAAUCUAAGUCCAGGAGCCUACAUCCUUCCAUCCUAUCCUCUCUCAUCACCUCGAACUAGUCCAAAGCACACAUCUCCUCUUAGUAUAUCUCCAAAGAAGUCUCAAGAUAAUUCGGUUAAUUUCUCAAAUUCCUGGCCUCUUAAAAGCUUUGAAGGACUAUCAAAGCCAAGUCCACAGAAGAAGCUUGUCAGCCAGAAAUCGUCUGAUCCUACAGGUAGAAAUGAAGGAGAAAAUUCUCAAGAAAAACCUUCAGUUCAGCUUACACCUGCUUUGGUGAGAUCACCAUCUUCCCGACGAGGCCUAAAUGGAACAAAGCCUGUUCCUCCUAUACCAAGGGGAAUAAGCCUGUUGCCUGAUAAAGCUGAUUUAAGCACAGUGGGACACAAAAAGAAAGAGCCUGAUGAUAUUUGGAAGUGUGAAAAAGAUAGUCUUCCAGUUGAUCUUUCUGAAUUAAAUUUCAAGGAUAAAGAUUUUAAUCAAGAAGAGAUGCAUAGCUCUCUUAGGUCCCUUCGUAAUAGUGCAGCUAAGAAAAGAGCAAAACUGAGUGGCAGUACUUCAGAUCUUGAAAGUCCUGAUUCUGCAAUGAAGCUCGACUUGACAGUGGACUCCCCGUCUCGGUCUUCCUCUCCAAACAUCAGUUCUUACAGUGAAAGUGGAGUUUACAGCCAAGAAUCAUUGACUUCUUCUCUGUCUACAACUCCCCAGGGGAAGAGAAUAAUGUCAGACAUAUUUCCAACAUUUGCGUCAAAACCAUGUCCAACAAGACUUUCUUCUGCAAAGAAAAAAACCUCUCAUAUUGCUGAACAAAGCCCCAGCACAGGAUUUACAGGGUCGUCAUCAAAUACACAGCAAAUUUCCAGUUUUGACUUCACAUCCACAAAGACUUUAUCAGAAAACUCAGUAGUAGUUGUUGGAAAAGGCGUAUUUGGAAGUUUAAGUUCAGCACCAGCAACCUGCAGCCAAUCAAUGAUAUCUUCUUUGGAAAAUGGGGAUGCAUUUUCAAUUAAACAAAGUAUUGAACCACCAUCAGGGAUUUAUGGAAGAUCAGUCCAGCAAAGUAUUUCAUCAUAUCUUGAUGUUGAGAAUGACAAAGAUGCUAAAGUUUGUAUUUCAAAAUCUACUUAUAACAAGAUGAGACAAAAGAGAAAAGAAGAGAAAGAACUGUUUCACAGUAAAGAUUGUGAAAAGAAGGAACAAAAUUCCUGGGAACGAAUGAAACAUACAGGAACUGAGAAAAUGGCAUCUGAAAGUGAAACAUCUACUGGAGCCAUUUUGCAGUAUAAAGAAAGGAUGCCUCCUGUCACUCAUAGUCCAGAAAUAAUGGAUUUAUCAGAACUACGGCCAUUCUGUAAACCAGAAAUAGCACUGACAGAAGCUCUGAGGCUUUUAGCUGAUGAAGACUGGGAGAAGAAAAUUGAGGGACUGAAUUUUAUUAGAUGCUUAGCUGCUUUCCAUCCUGAGAUACUGAACACAAAAUUGCAUGAAAUAAAUUUUGCAGUUGUUCAAGAGGUGAAAAAUUUACGUUCUGGAGUUUCUCGUGCUGCUGUGGUCUGUUUAAGUGAUCUUUUCACUUAUUUGAAAAAGAGCAUGGAUCAAGAAUUAGAUACCACAGUAAAAGCUUUGUUGCACAAGGCUGGUGAAUCAAACACAUUUAUAAGAGAAGAUGUUGACAAAGCAUUGAGAGCUAUGGUUAAUAAUGUAACUCCUGCACGUGCAGUUGUUUCUCUUAUCAAUGGCGGACAAAGCCAUUUACACAUUGCCGUAAGAAGGUGUACAGCCCAGCAUUUAUCAGAUGUAUUGGAAUUUAUGGAACCAGAACGUAUUUUAUCUGCAACAAAGGAUAUGGCUGAACGUAUACUACCAGCUGCUGCUAAGUUUGCUCAAGACAGUUCACAAGAAACCAGAUGACACUACAUACUUCUGGGUAGUGAGAUGCCAAGUCACAGGGAUGAACUUCAUGAAAACAGCACAAGACUGUAUGAGUGGGCAGAAAAGUGGCAGAAGAACUUCAUUAUGAGCAAAUGUAAGGUAAUGCAUUUAGGGGAAAAUGAUUUAUUCUCCAAGCAAUCAGGUAAAAUCAAGGAAAUAGGUACACAUGAAAAAUACAGGAAUACUACAUAACAAUAUAUUAUCCCAUGAAACAUGAGAUAUCUGCAAUCUGAAAACUACACAAAUUUCUGAUGGUUGUACUUGAAAAAUAAUUUUAUGAAGUUUAAGAACAGUCAGAGAUACCUGAGAAUUAUAAGUAAAAACAAAGAAUAGUCAGAGAAACACAUACAGGGUGAUAUGUAUAUUACACAUACAAUAAUUAAGAUGUUGAUAGCAUUAUGGUUGUGGUGGUGACAGAAAUUUUGGAUGUAGUCAAAUACUUAUGUUAAAUUUCUUGUCCCUGUCAUUGUUUGUUCUUAAGCAAGUUACUUAAUUUCUGUUAGUCUCUGUUUCCUUAUCUAUAAAAUUAGGAAGGGUGGACUAGGGGACCAACAAUGUCCCAUAUAAAAUAUAAAAUUUUUAUAGCAGUAAUAUGUGGCCAGGCGCAGUGGCUCAUGCCUAUAAUCCCGGCACUUUGGGAGGCCAAGGAAGGCAGAUCACCUGAGGUCCAGAGUUCGAGACCAGCCUGGCCAAUAUUGUGAAACCCCGUCUCUACUCGAAAUACAAAAAUUAGCCAGGCAUGGUGGCACGUGCAUGUAAUCCCAGCUAUCAUUGAACCCGGGAGCCAGAGGUUUCACCGAGCUGAGAUUCAGCCACUGCACUCCAGCCUGGGAAACAGAGAGAGACUCCAUCUAAAAAAAAAAAAAAAAAAAAAAAGAUUAAUUUUUAAAAAGGAUCUGGGUCAUAAGGAUUAAAGUAAAAAAGGAUAUAAAAUUUUUAACAUUUUGAUCCUUUGUAGUUCAUGAGCAUAAUGAUUGGGUGUUCACAUGCUUCUGUGAGAUGUGCCACCCUUGAACCUUGUUACAAUGUCGGCACAUUACCCAUCUGACCUGAAAAAAAAAAAUUUAACAUUUUAAGACAAAGAUGUUCAUUAUUUUAGGUAACUGCUGGAGUUAAUAUUAUGGAACUCAUUAUACCUAAAUAUAAUAGAAAGUAAAUGUAUUAGUUUUUCAUUGCUGUGUAACAGAUUAACACAAAUGUAGCAGCUUAAGGCAACUCACAUUGUUUGGCUUAGAGUUCUUUAGGUUAGAAGUCUGCCAUGGCUCACCUCAGUUCACUGCCUUUGAUUUCAGAAGGACAAAAUCAAGGUGAUAGCAGUGCUUGGCUUUGCCAAAUUCAGUUCCUUGUGGUUUUAAUACUCAGGACGGCCGAGCAUGGUGACUUGUGCCUAAAAUCCCAGAACUUUGGGAGGCCAAGGCAGGCAGAUCACCUGAGGUCAGGAGUUCAAGACCAGCCUGGACAACAUGGUGAAACCCCAUCUCUAUUAAAAAUGCAAAAAUUGGCCGGGCGCGGUGGCUCAAGCCUGUAAUCCCAGCACUUUGGGGGGCCGAGGCGGGUGGAUCACGAGGUCAAGAGAUUGAGACCGUCUCAGUCAACAUGGUGAAACCCCGUCUCUACUAAAAAUACAAAAAAUUAGCUGGGCGUGGUGGCGCAUGCCUAUAAUCCCAGCUACUCGGAAGGCUGAGGCAGGAGAAUUGCCUGAACCCAGGAGGCGGAGGUUGCAGUGAGCCGAGAUCGCGCCAUUGCACUUUAGCCUGGGUAACAAGAGCGAAACUUCGUCUCAAAAAAAAAAAAAAAAAAAAAAGCAAAAAUUAGCUGGCCAUGGUGGCAAGAGUUUGUAAUCCCAGCUACUCAGGAGGCUGAAGCGGGAGAAUCACUUGAACCCAGGAGGUGGAGGUUACAGUGAGUUGAGAUCCACUGUUGGAGUUGCACUCCAACCUCAAAAAAAAUAGAGACCGAGGUCUGCAUUUCCUCGCUGGCUGUCAGUGAGGGUCCUUGCUUAGCUCCUUAACACUACUCACAUUUCUUUGCAUGCAGCCCUCCUCUGGGUUUAAGCCUGCAAUGACAUGUUGAGCUCUUCUUCAUAGGAUCUUUCAGACUUCCUCUUUUUCUACCAGCCACAGAAAGCCCUCUGCUUUUAAGGGCUUGACUGAUUAGAUUAAUUCCACCAGAUCAUGUCAUUAUUAUUA